UCUCUAUGAUAUUGAAAUAAAAAUUAAUAUGAUACAAGAAAGGGUUGAACAUCAUCAGUACAAACAGCCUUCUGAAGAAACAACACAGACUUUGCAACAUCCAACACACUCAGAAGAAGCCACAAGUCAGGACUUAAGGCUAGGACAGAAUCAUUAUCAUUUUGAUAAAACUGAGGAGAAGCUGAAUCUUACUCCUGAAGAUAUGACUUCAAAUAUUAAAGAAGACAACUUUAACAAUGGAAAGAAUGGAAUAGACAUUAUGACAACUCAAGAAUUACCCACUUCUAUUCAAGAUAUGAUCAAGAAUGAUGAAAUUAACCAACCAAUCUCUCGGAACUUACUUCCAGAUGAGAUACCUCCAGAAUUGAGUAGCGAAGAGAAUCUGAAAUAGUCUCCAGGACUAUAUGGAAAAACAUUCUGAGGGAAAUAGAGUUGGAGAUCCUAAGAACUCGCAACUCGAAGACGUAGAACCUGAAAACUCUACCCCUCAUUAUAAGCAUUUACUUCCACAAACAGACCAGGAAACAAGAAAAGGCAAAGUAGAUAUCCAAUAUUGACUUAAAUAAAUUUCUGGAUUACAUUGACAUAAAAUUACACAGAUUUCUCAAAUGUUCAGAAAACAAAGAGUCAAACCCUAUUGAUGUUUCAAUCUGGGAAUGGAUCGAGAAAAGUGUUCAGAAGAUCAGAAACACAACCACACACCAGCAACAAUGACAAAAACUUCAUAUAGAGGAGUUCGGCAUAUAUAAAAGAGAUAUCGAAAAAUGUACAAAAACAUUAAGAAAUAAAGACAGAAUAAUAUCCAAACUUAAACUAGAGCUAGGCUAUUAUAAAGAAUUGGCCAUAUCAACUCCUAUAGAGCAAUCUUUCCUGUGCAAGAACGUGACCAAUUACUCAGCUCUAAAGUUUCUAAACAAGAACAAGCCAGGGUCUAAAACGAAGAAGAACCUUCAUGACUACAAGCAUGAGCUACAAGCUUCAAUCUCAAGAGCUCUCUCAGAAGCAAGUGAAUAUACUCUCAAAAGAAUCGAGCGCAACUUCGACUUGACUAAAUCUCUGUCUCCAGCGAAAACUAAAAGUUCCAGGAACAAGGCCAAAAAGAAGAGUGGCAAGAAGGCCAAUAAGGGCCCUCCUGUUCAGAACUAUGAUGAAUUCACUCUUCUAGACGGGAAGGAGUUCAUUGAAGGCCAGUUUUUAGGUAGUGAGGGUGAUAACACCCAUGACUUGAUCAAUAUCCAGCUUAAUCAAGAUCAGCCAAAUCAUCUUACAAGUCAAGAGCAAACUGAUGGAUACCAAAAUAAUCAGAAUGACCAGCAGGAGCUUGUAGAGGGUUCCCAAGAACAUAAAAAUGAGGGUAAUAAACUGACUCCAGCCAAUACUCUUGAGCUCAGUAUUGAUGCUGAAGAGGAGAUUGUUCAUAUCAACCCAGUCUAUACUGAGCAGCGAGAUAGUCUUCCAUAUGAUGAACUUAAAGAUGAAGAUAUUAAGGAAUUAGCUGGAAUCCAAACUCUAAAAGGAUCUGAAGUUGAUAUAAUGCUCCCUCAAAAUAAAACAGAACCUGAAGGGCCAAAUCACACAACCAAUAACUCAUGCAACCCGUCGUCAAUGUUUGACGUCCAAAAUGAACCCACCAAUCCAACAGGCCAAACUCCAAAGGAAAACUUAGGAGGUAAAAACCUUGAAACAGAUACAAAGAAGGAAGAAAGCAAAUCAAAAUCAAACGAAUUCCAGAAAUCAAGUGACAACGAAGGAGAAGACUCAGAGAACCAGGACCAAGUCCACAGCUUCUUCAAUUCCAAAGAAACCGAAGAGUCAAAGUCAGCAAUGUCUGAUAUAGAGAUUAAAAAUCAAGAUAUUUUUGAGAAGCCAAGGCAAAAAUAGACAUAGCGUCAUGGCUCCCCAGAUUAUGUCAUUAACAGAAAAGAUCAAGAUCAAGGAAUUGGAAGACGUAAUUUUUGAGCAAAGAAAGUUUAUCUCCAAACUCCAAAAGAAGAUCACUCAAGACAAAGACCAAACAGAAACUAAUAGCCCAAAACAAAAUAAUAAAUCACAAUCGUUCCAAGAUUCUUCCGAGAAUGGAGAAUCGAAAGAAUCAGAAAAUUCUAAAUCACAAGAGCCAAGUGAAUUACAUAAAUCCGAGACAUCUUCGGAAGACCCUAAAGAAUAGAACUUUAAUUUCAAUAAUUUGUCGGAUCGUG